AUGGCGACAGAAUCCAUAUUGCUGUCACCUUAUUUGUGGCUGUCGCUCCUGGUUAUACUCCCAGCUGCUACACUCCUCCAUGAUGCCUGGAUAUGGUAUCGAAUGCCCCCUGGACCAACACCACUUCCCUUUAUAGGCAACAAACAUCAGCUCCCAAAAUCGCAGCCGUGGCUACAGUUCCAGAAGUGGUCGAAACAAUACGGUCCAAUCUUCACAAUAUGGAUCGGAAGGAAACCAACAGUUAUUGUUUCAGAUCCGGUGGUGGCGGCUGAGCUAAUGGAGAAGAGGAGCACGAAGUACUCUUCGAGGCCACGUAUGGUGGCCAUGGGCGAAAUACUUUGGGACGGUGCGAGUAUUUUGGUCCAACCUUAUGGAAAAGAAUGGAGUAUAAGGAGGAAGCUUCUGCACCAGGCUAUGACGCCAAAGGCACUCAGGCUGUACAAACCUACCCAGACUGCUGAGGCCUCGCGUUUGUGCUAUCAGCUUCUCGAAACGCCAGAUAGCUGGGAAAAACUUCUCGAGCGUUUCACUUCGAGUAUCGUCUUCGCUGUGGCAUACGGUCACCGCAUCGACUCUCUGAACGCCGAAGUCAUCCGUCAACGCUUCAAAUUCAUGCACUAUGCUUCGUCAUUGAAUGUUCCUGGAAAGUAUCAAGUGGAAUCAUUUCCAUUUUUGAAGCACCUUCCGGAUGUACUGGCGCCAUGGAAAGUCGAGAUCAAGAAGCACGGGCAAGAAGAGGCAGCAGCUAAUAUGCAGUUAGUCGAUCUCGUCCGUUCUGACAUUGCGCGCGCAAACACACGCGGUGACGAGAUUCCGGAAUCGCUUUGCAAGUUGCUCCUGGAGUUGCGUGAAAAAGAGAAUCUUCUUUCCGACCGCGACUUUUCCUAUAUCCCAGCAUCAUUGUUUGGCGCUGGCUCUGAUACGACCGCAUCAACAUUAUGUUCAGCUUUUCUGGGACUUGUUACGCAUCCGGAGACUCUGCGCGCUGCACACGAAGAGCUGGACAGCGUCAUUGGACUAGAUCGAACACCCACUUUCGAAGACGAAAUACGGCUCCCAUACAUCCGCGCUCUAGCUAAAGAGGUCCUUCGUUGGCGGCCUGUCGCUGUCCUUGGAGGAACUCCUCAUGCAUCAACAGAAGAUGAUCACUACGAAGGCUACUAUAUCCCCGCCGGGACAACAGUUCUUGGUAACUCUUGGGCCAUCAACCUCAACGAAGAGUAUUACCCUAAUCCACACCACUUCAACCCUGAGCGCUUCCUCGACACUGCACUCUCAGAGAAAGCAAAGAAUCCUACCCCACAAACUGGCAAAGCGCACCCCGCAAAGGCUGGCCACUCGUCGUUCGGGUGGGGACGACGCAUCUGUCCAGGUGCGGACUUGGCAGCGAACAGCCUGUUCAUCGCGCUGGCGAAGAUCCUGUGGGCAUUCGAUAUCGCUCCGCUCAAAGGCGUACGAUACGAUACCUUUGCAUAUACUGAAGGAUUCAAUAUUCGACCGAGAAAGUUUGAAUGUGAAAUCCGAAUAAGAAGCCAGGCGCACGAGAAUGUACUGAAAAGGGAGCUUGCUGAUGCAGAGAGGGUCUUGGAGCGAUUCACGCCUUUCGGAGAGUAG